GUGGGGUGUUGUGCCCGAAGGUCCUGAUUCCUGAGCGCUGAGUCCUGAGUCCAGGACUUAGCACCCCUUGGCAACAGGCAAAGUGCAUUAGACAAGGGAUCUUGCGGGGUUGGGUUAGGUUUUCCAUUUUUGAGCUGGGAUGGGUUGGGCAUGCAGGUGUUGCCCGAUCCUGUUGAAAAUUGCUUUUGAAUUAAAAGUUUUUGCUUGUGGCCGGGCGGGUUUUGUUGUUUUUAGCGAUUAGCUGAAGGGGUGAAGGCUGCGGGAUUUGGAAAUCGAGAUUGCACACUCAAUUUAUUAGCGCUUUGUCAGUCUCUCAACUAAUCGGAUGGCUCUGGGGAUUUCUGCACUUGCACUUGCUGUGGCCCAGUUCUUUGGUUCUGUUUUCGUUUCCAUUGUGUUUUCAAUUUCAAUCGGAAGCCGUGGCACGUGACUGCUCCACUGGGGUCAUUGGGUGGCGGUCGACGAACCACCUGUGGCUGCUCAUAUAAAACCACAGAGUGCCGUUGAACAGCAGUCCACAUUUGAAAUCGAGAUGAGACUGACCACAUUGUUUUCCCUGAUUUGCAUCGCCAUUGGCUACGUUCGGUCCCAACCGGCGGGCUAUCCGAGUGCCCGUCCUCCGGCCACUUAUCUGCCAGUCAAGCCACCAGCUCCACCGCCUCGCCCCCCUCCUCCGCCGCCGGCCAACAGCUACGGUCCUCCAAAGAAGGGAAAUGGAAAGCCACCACCUGCUCCACCCAAACCCAGCUAUGGGCCGCCACCCAAAAAUGGCAAUGGAAAACCACCGCCCAGUAACGCAUACUUGCCACCAGGAAAUGGCAAUGGAGGACCUUCGGGAGGAGCAGGCGGCGGUGGUGGUGAGGAUAUACCCAUCAUCAAGCUGGAGUCCAAGGUCAACACCGAUGGUUCUUAUAUGUACGAGUACGAGACUGGAAACGGAAUAAAGGCCGAGGAGAUGGGCUACUUGAAGAACGCCGGAGUGGCAGGGGCGGAGGCACAGACGGCGGAGGGUUCCUUUUCGUACACCAGUCCCGAGGGCCAGGAAAUUUCACUGACCUACAUUGCGGACGAAAACGGAUUCCAGCCGCAGGGCGAUCACCUGCCCACACCGCCACCCAUUCCCAUAGAGAUUCAGGAAGCGUUGGACAAGCUGGCCGCCGGAGGUGGAUGCCAUGGAUGCGAUGACAACGAGACGGGAGGCAACGAUGAUGGCGGUGGAGGUGGCUAUGUCUACCGACGAAAGUAAAAUAUGUCAACCAUCUUUAAGAAGACUCUUGAUCUCAAAAUAAUAUUCAUAUUUGUAUUGCAAUGCUAAAAACUCGAUGGUGAUGGAUUACAUUUAUUUACUAAAAUAUUAACUUACAAAUAAGAAAACUAUUUUAUCCGAAUUUUAACUGCAAUCAGGUUGAAAAACCUUCGCUUGUAAAACACUUGUAAUUGCCAAUUAAAAUGCUUUAAAU